AUUGGGUGGUUUUAAGUGCGUUUUAGCGGGUUUUGAACAUAUUUUGGGCUGGAAAACGUCAGCAGUAUCUGGCAACACUGCCGGCAGGAAGAUUUCCUGGUUCCGGUUUACAGCGCUGACUCAGUUCGUGCAAUCGCUGGUGUUGCAUAGGCUACCGUGUAAGCUCUGUCAAUUUCAGCAACAAAUUAAAAAUGGAAGCGGACGAAUUGGUUCCUAAAAGAACUAGUAAGGGGUCAGUCAUCUGGCAUUUUUUUGGAUAUCGCGAGGAGGACGUGGAACAGCAAAUGCCAGUUUGUAAAGUGUGCAAAAAAACCUGUCAUCACGAAAGACAGCAGCACUACAAAUAUGUUCCAUCACCUGAAAACUCACCCGGUACAGCAUGAAGAGUCUCUUAAACUCCCAACUACUUGCCCACGAGCUAACCACCCCCCCACCCCCCCACCCCCCCAAGCUAAACAAAUGACCAUAGCGGUCUCAUUCUCCAAAGCCCCCCCAUAUGAGAAAACGAGUCAGAGAUGGAGAGCUAUAACGGAUGCAAUCACUAACGUCAUUGCCGAAGACAUGAUCCCAGUUAGUAUAGUGGAAAAAACAGGCUUCCAAAAAUUACUAAACACACUCGAUCCCAAAUAUGAGUUGCCUGGUUGCAGACAUUUUACAGAGAAGGGAAUACCGGAAUUCUACACAUCUGAGAGGCAGAGCCAGAAAACAUUCAGUUCAAAAGUGUGCAAAGAGGAAAAUUGUUUUGCAGAUAUCUCUCUUCUCUCCCUCAAUCUCUCUCUCUCUCUCUCUCUAUUGUGAAUGUUCCAGUAGUUCUCAGUAGUCAGGUUAAUAGCUUGGAGAUCUAUUUUUUUAAAUAAUUUAAUGAAUGAGCACUUUUCUUAUUUAGGCUAAAUGUCUUUCUCAGUGUUGAUCUUGCACUUUAUUGGUUUGAGCUCUGAGCAGCUCUGUAUUGUGUUGCCCCUUUGUUGCAAUUUUCAAGAUUGUUUUUGCAGUUUGUGCCACAUCUUUGUUGAAUAAAAAUAGUCUUAUUUCAAUUCAAUUGUGAUUAAUCACCAACAUGAAAAUUUAAAAUGUGUUGUUGAAAACCACCUGUAAAGUUAACCAAGAAUGUUAUUUAAUCUGCAGGGAUUGUAGUGAAAACAGUAAAGAGUAAAAGUUAGAUUUCAUGGGGUCCUUUAGAGGAGAUUUAAAUAUAUCGAGAUAUAUAUCGUAUAUCGUGAAAUGGAGAAAAUGUAUCGGGAUAUUCAUUUUUUCCCAUAUCGCACAGCCCUAUUGUCACGGUUUGUAGCAAAAUGGGCAAAUGCAAGUUUAACGACUGCUGGCUUGAACGCAAUGAUUUUGUAGACUGGUUAAAACGUGUACCAAACAAUCCGUUUGAGGCGUACUGCACAUUGUGCAAAAGAACACUCAAACUCAGCUCCCUGGGUGUAAAGGCACCAGAAUCGCACACGAAAGCGGAGAAGCACCAGGCUGCCCAUAAAAGUCUGCAACAACCGCAUGCCAUCACUCAAUUUUGUUCACCAUUGUCAGGUCCAAGCACAUCUCGAGACGGUGUAUCAGCUAACUCCGUGCGAACUGUAACGCUACAACACACAAACCGUACGGAAUCGAAUGCCUCAUCCUCAAGUGAUUUGCGGGAUGUCUUUGGCUCCACUGCAACUUAAUUCCUCAUUAAUGCAAGAGCGCACCCUAGGGAUGUAAUGAGUUCAUUGGUGAAUGAUAAUAAAUUUUAUUUCGAAAGUAAUUCAGGCUCUCCCAAUUUUCUUUAUUUUUUUUUUGUGCGACAUAAGUCUUAAAUUUAACCUGCUAUGGUCUUAAAAAGUCUUAAAUUGAACUUGUUCAAGUCUGCAGACACCCUGUCCCAUCUCCCAACUGUGGUCCACUGUAAGAAAGAUGAAUGGUGUAGGAAGGAUGGCAAAUCUCCCUGUCUUGGUACAUGAGGAUAAGAUUGCUGCAACAUCUGUAGAGAAGGCCAAUCUUCUAGUGGAAACGUUUAGAAAGGUGUACAGCUCUGAUAAUUUAGAUGAAGAAAGCAGGGAGACCAGGGAUCAGUCUGUGAGGGGGUUUAUGUUUCCCCAAGAAUCAGUGUGUAAUGAGGUCAAUGUCGUCUUUUCCUUAGAGGAAUUAAAGCGAGCCAUAGCUGCAGGGAGAAAUACAGCUCCUGGAAUGGAUGACCUGCAUUAUGAAAUGUUUAAUCAUGUCUCUGAUGUCCUUUUGGAAGAGCUCCUCAGCCUAAUGAAUGAAAGCUGGUAGCAAGGUAGGCUACCAAAGGCAUGGGAGCGUGCUGUUAUUGUUCCUGUUUUGAAGCCCGGGAAAGAUCCUAGUUCUCCAUCCUCAUAUAGGCCUAUAGCCCUUACCUCUGUUGUGUGUAAGCUGAUGGAGCGAAUGGUGACUGACAGAUUGGUCCACUUCUUAGAAGUAAAGGGAGCAUUGGUAGAUCACCAAAGUGGGUUUAGGAAAGGAAGGAGCACUAUGGAUAAUGUGGUUGCACUGGACUAUGAGGUUAGAAGAGCUUUUGCUAAUAAGGAGUCUCUUAUCGCUGUUUUCCUAGAUAUAGAGAAGGCAUAUGAUAUGUUGUGGAGGGAAGGCCUUCUUGUGAAACUGUCUAGACAUGGUGUCAAUGGAAGGAUGUUUAGCUGGAUCAAGAAUUUCUUGGAAGACCGCACCAUUCAGGAGAGAAGCCUUUAAUGUUAAGACGGAUCCAGCUCUCUCUUCACUACUGGAACAGACUUGGGGAAAGAAUCAGCAUCUGCCCCGUAAGUUCCAUGUUAACUGACUGUUAUGAAUUUGCCUCUGAUCAGGUGAGGAAUCAGCCUUUUCUAAAACAAUGUAUGACAUGGGCCAAAGAUUUUAACUUACUUGACAUGGUCCCAGUUAAAAGUACUUAUUGGGGACCAGUCCCAACCUGGCUCCUCCCCCCUGUCCAGGUGGACUUUAGGUUACACGAGGACAAACAUAAUGAAGAGGUUGAAUUUUCUAGUGAUUCUGCCACAGAGUAUAUUCAGCUUAACUGGAACUCUUGUUUGCAAAUUUAUACUGAUGGAUCCAAAGACCCAGAUUCAGGAAGAGGGAGUUGUGCUUUCUAUAUCCCUCAGCUUAAUAUCAAAAAUGGGUAUAGACUUAGUGACAAUAUGGCUGUUUUUACAGCUGAGUCUAUGGGUAUCCUAAAAGCUUUACAAUGGGUAGUGGAGGCACAGCCCAAAAAUGUGGUUUUAUGCUCUGACUCCUUUUCACUCCUACAUUGUCUUAAAGUGUACACUUCCAAUGCUCGUCCCGAUUUAAUUACUGAUAUUCUUAUGCUGCUGAACAACCUACAUAGGAGAGGUUGUGACGUAUCAUUUUUGUGGGUUCCUGCCCAUAUAGGUAUAAAGGGGAACGAGGUAGUUGACCAACUGGCAAAAGAAUAUUUAAGUAAUGAUGUGGUUACGUUGCCAGUUAGUCCAGGAAGGACUGAGUUGAGGAGCCAGCUUAUGGAAAAAGUGUUCCAGACAUGGCAAGCUCAAUGGGACAAGGAUUUAAAGGGGAGACACUUGUAUUCAAUCCAGCCUUCAGUAAAUGCACAGCGCACUCUAUCAGGAGUUAGGUCUCAACAAGUGGUGCUGACCCGUCUCAGAUUGGGGCAUUGCGCCCUAAACUCUACGUUACAUCUGAUUCAUAAACACAGACGGAUUAUGCGAAGUGUGCAGAGUUCCUGAGACAGUUUCUCAUGUUUUAUUAGAGUGUGUGCAAUAUUGUGAGUCUAGACGUACGUUUUUUUUUUUUAACGACUUGUCCGGUUUGGGUGUUACUACUGUUUCCCUCCCUGUUCUGCUUCAACUGAAGGAUUCUAAAGUUGCAUCCAGUCUAGUUAGAUUUUUAAAAUCCUCUGGCCUUUACGCCAGAAUCUAAGAGACUGAUGGACUAGUAGUGGACUUAAUUAUCCUGUAGGUGGCGGUAAUACACCGGAUGGUGUCCAAUCCGCCAUUAUAUCCUGAAGAAGAUGAUGAUGAUGAUGAUCAGGGGAGGUAACCCAGCGCAAGCAAGCAGCCGUCCGUUCUAGUGAUGGGAAUUUCGGCUCUUUUGGCUCUUCUUACUAUAAGGAGCCGGCUCUUUCGGCUCCCAAGAUUUUAUUUUUGAUUUAAUUGCUGCAAUUAACUAGUUAAUUAAUUACAUUAUUUAUAUUUUAGGGCGGCACGGUGGUGUAGUGG